CCCCGCACACGGGCGGUCGCAGCGGCCGCGCUGCCAUGAGCGAGCGCCCGGCGGGGCCGCCCCGCCGCCCCCCGGCUCCCGCCGCCCCCCGCCAGCUGGCCCCGGCCCCAGCCCCGGCCCGGGGGAUGCUGCGGGGACGGUGCGGCUGAGUGCCCCCGCCUCCGCCGCCGCUGCCGCCGCCGCCGCCGCCCCGCCCGCCGCCGCCAUGGCCGGUAAGCCCCGCAGCGGCUGCGAGGCGCUGAAGGUGGUGGCCCGGUGCCGCCCGAUGAGCAGGAAGGAGGAGGCGGCGGGCUACGAGCGCGUCCUGGAGCUGGACGUGAAGCUGGGGCAGGUGAGCAUCCGGAACCCCCGCGCCUCCCCCGGGGAGCUGCCCAAGACCUUCACCUUCGACGCUGUCUACGACGCCAGCUCCAAGCAGGCGGACCUCUACGACGAGACGGUCCGGCCGCUGAUAGACGCCGUGCUGCAGGGCUUCAAUGGCACCGUCUUCGCCUACGGCCAGACGGGCACCGGCAAGACCUACACCAUGCAGGGGGCCUGGGCGGAGCCGGAGAAGCGGGGCAUCAUCCCCAGCUCCUUCGAGCACAUCUUCACCCACAUCUCCCGCUCACAGAACCAGCAGUACCUGGUGAGGGCCUCGUACCUGGAGAUUUACCAGGAGGAGAUCAGAGACCUCCUUGCCAAGGACCAGAGCAAGAAGCUGGAGCUGAAGGAGAACCCUGAGACGGGGGUGUACAUCAAGGACCUCUCCUCCUUCGUCACCAAGAACGUGAAGGAGAUUGAGCAUGUGAUGAACCUGGGGAGCCAGACACGGUCAGUGGGUAGCACUAACAUGAAUGAGCACAGCUCCCGCUCCCACGCCAUCUUCCUCAUCACCAUUGAGUGCAGUGAGACGGGGCCGGAUGGUGAGGAGCACAUCCGUGUGGGCAAGCUCAACCUGGUGGACCUGGCUGGCAGCGAGCGCCAGAGCAAAAUGGGGGCCCACGGAGAGCGCCCCAAGGAAGCGUCCAAGAUCAACCUCUCCCUCUCUGCCCUGGGCAAUGUCAUCUCUGCCCUUGUGGAUGGCAGGAGCACGCACAUCCCCUACCGGGACUCCAAACUGACCCGCCUGCUGCAGGACUCCCUCGGGGGCAAUGCCAAGACAAUCAUGGUGGCCACCUUGGGCCCAGCCUCUCACAGCUAUGACGAGAGCCUCUCCACCCUCAGGUUUGCCAACAGGGCCAAGAACAUCAAGAACAAGCCCCGGGUGAACGAGGACCCCAAGGACACAUUACUGAGAGAGUUUCAGGAGGAGAUUGUCCGUCUGAAAGCCCAGCUGGAGAAACGUGGCAUGUUGGGGAAGAAGAGGAGAAGGAGCAGCCGGAAGAAGAAGGCAAUGGAUGGAGAAAGCGCUGCGGAGAACGAAGGGGAGGAUGACAAUGAGGAUGGCCUGGAGAAGAACAUGGAGAGCUACUUGAAGGAGCAGAAAGAGAGGCUGGAAGAGGAGAAAGCUGCUAUCCAGGAUGACCAUAGCCUGGUGAGCGAGGAGAAGCAAAAGCUGCUUCAGGAGAAGGAGAAGAUGAUUGAGGAUCUGCGGAAGGAGCAGGAGGCCACAGAGCUACUGGCCACCAAGUACAAGGCGAUGGAGAGCAAGCUGCUCAUCGGCGGCAGGACCAUCGUGGACCACACCAAUGAGCAGCAGAAGAUGCUGGAGCUGAAGCGGCAGGAGAUAGCUGAGCAGAAACGCCGGGAGCGGGAGAUGCAGCAGGAGAUGUUGCUGCGGGACGAGGAGACCAUGGAGCUGCGGGAGACUUACACCUCCCUGCAGCAGGAGGUGGAGAUCAAAACCAAGAAGCUGAAAAAGCUGUAUGCCAAGCUGCAGGCCGUGAAGGCGGAGAUCCAGGACCAGCACGAUGAGUACAUCCGUGUGCGGCAGGACCUUGAGGAGGCACAGAAUGAGCAGACACGGGAGCUGAAGCUGAAGUACUUGAUCAUUGAGAACUUCAUCCCACCAGAAGAGAAGAACAAGAUCAUGAACCGCUUGUACUUCGAUGGUGACGAGGACCAGUGGAAGUUCCAGCCACUCGUGCCCACCGGAGGAAACAGCAACCAAAUGAAGAAGCGGCCUACCUCUGCAGUGGGGUACAAGAGACCCAUCAGCCAAUUCGCCCGCGUGGCCAUGGCCAUGGGAUCUCAUCCUCGGUACCGGGCUGAGAACAUCAUGUUCUUGGAGCUGGACCUCUCCCCUCCAGCCAUCUUUGAGUUUGAGCGGAGCAGGGACCCGGCAGAGCAGGACCCCCGGGCUCUGCACCUGGAGAGGCUGAUGCACCUGGACAGCCUCUUGGAGCGGCCAGUGGCCUCCCGGGUGAGGAAGUCCCGCUCCUGGUGCCAGACGCCGCGGUCACUGCCGUCCUCAACCACUCAUGUCUCCCUCACCUGCAGCUCCCCGUGCGCUGCCACAACGCCAGCUCAGGAGUGACGUCCUGGACCCCUUGUCCCCUGCACUGCCUCGCAGCGAGGACUGUGCCCUGCCGGCAGCCGAGGAACGGGCCCCAGCCGGCAGCAUCUCCACCGGUCCCAGUUCGUCUUUGUCUUCAGCUACUUUGUGUGCGCAUGUGUUAGUGUGAGAUGCUCACGAACAGCCCUCCCGGGGCGAGGGGAGCUGCGUCCUCCUGCCUUCCGCCCCCCUCCCCAAUCUGGAUCUGUCACUUUAUUUAUUUAACGUAUUUAUUUAUGGAGUGGUUGAUGCGCAGAGUCAGGAGAUGCGGUCACACUGGAGGACAUCCAAGGCUGGCAGCGGGCACCACGCGGAUGCUCCUCAGGUACGCUCAGCUCCCAGCCCUCCCCGCUGGAGGACAGGGCUGGGGACACCACCAGGGUGGGCACUGCUGGUGUCCUGGUCACCGUCGUGCUUCACAGAGCUGGCAGGAGGCGGCAGAGGCCCCUCUCUGGUGGCUUUGGCAGAAGGUGAGGCAGCCCUGGACUCUGGUGCUGCGUUUGCUUUGCUGGAUCCCAGGGAAUUUGGUGAUUUCUACAAUGAUUUGGAGACUUCCAGAGGGACUCUCCAGCCUGCAUCAACACCAGUGGCAGCAAUGACAUCUCACUGACUUCUGGGCAUGGCUGUCACUCCAGGAAUGCCAGCUCCAUCCACAGGGAGGGCUUGCAGAUUAACCAAACCAAAUCAGUCCUGAUGGUGCCAGGACUUUGCUCACCUGUGCCGCGCUCUGGAGAUGGCUGGCCCUGUCCUAUUCAGUUGCCUGACACCUCGCUUGCUCCCAUCUCUGACCAAGUGGGUAUUUAACUCCUAGCAGCAAGAACAGGAGACGGAAAUCUCUAUCCGCUUCCACCCACCCCUCCUCAAGACACACAUCGUCUGGGGAGCUGUGCUGCCUACAUGAAACCAGUGGUGAAAGCAUCCACCAUGCUGGCAACUAGAGGCAGUGAAGAAACGCAGGACAAGGCAGUGAUGCCCAGAGGAGUGAUGUCAGCAUCACUCUCCUUGGGCUGAGUAAUACCAUGUGGAGGUUACCUCAUUGUUGGGAGAAAUUUCCUGGUGUUGCAUGGGUUUGUGGAGGGAUGGAUGUGAAACGGGUAAUGGAUAAGAAGAGGGCAAGCCAUAAGGCUGCUCUAGCGAUCUGAAACCCAUCCCUCGCAGUAGCACACGUGGGUGCCAGGACAUCAUUCAGUGUCACAGGGUCAUUCAGCUUUCAGCAAUUCAAUUGAGGGAAGGCAGGUCCUUGCUGAAGACCAUUCCUGGCAGUGCCAGGCCAGCACCUGUGGUUUUACUGGGAUGGCUUCCGGCUGCGCAGAGGUGGGGGAGAUGCGUUUAUUUGACAAGAUCAGAAUGAAUGGGGAGUGAGCCCCUGGUUCACCUGGAAGGAUGUGGGUCUUCACAGGGAUACACGCUGAGGCCAGGCAGUGGGAUGGGGCUUUGAGCCUGGUCUAGUGGAAGGUGUCCCUGCCCAUGGCAGGGGGUUGGCACUGGAUGAGCUUUAAGGUCCCUUUCAACCGAAACCGUUCUAUGAUUCUAUGAAGACAUAGGUGAGAAGGUGGCAGGUAGGGACUGUCUUCUGGCAAUGGAGAGGGUUUCCUCUAUUGGAGGAUUGGUCACUGCUCACCUCGAUGACUCCUGCACACAGGACCUGGGGUGAGGGCAGGAGAGGAGACAAAGUACAAGCACAGAGCCGGGCAGGUGCUACCCAACACGAAUGCCCCAUCAACAUGCUCCACGUGUCCAGGCUGGGGCAUCCACAGACCUUCCCAUGCAUGUCCUGACACAUCCCCUGCACUGCCACAGGCUAUCUUCUCCCUGUUCCCUGUGACAUUGUCCUGCCUCAUGUUCAUGAUCGUUGCCCUCUGCCACCAUCUUCCCUUCCCCACUUGUGCCCUGUAACACCUUCUGCCUCCCUGAAUCCCUGUCCCAUCCCAGCACAUGGCUUGUGGGCUAUUAUGGAGGGUGUAGGUCACUCCCAGGACUGAGCUUGCUCCCUUCAGGCAGCAGCCAGGUCUGGCUGUGCUCAGCCUGGGGAGAAGGGUGCAGGAGGAAGGACAUUUAGGAGUGAGAGACGAGUUCCUCCCUCAGCAUGGGUAAGGUCCUUGUGCCCGUGGGUACCACCAGCAGACACGGGUUCUCUGUGUGCAUCCCCUGCAGCAAGCUGGCCGUGGUGUCAUGAUACACAGUGGAUGAGAGACCCCGGGUUCCUUAUUUAUUUGUCAGGUUAGUGUCUGGGAGUCAGGGUCAGGAAGCACAGACCCCAGAAAAGGGAGAAGCUGCCUGCAGCAUGGCCUGCAGGAAUAUAUUUUCCUCCCUUUCUUGUUUUGUAAUUGCCUCAAGUUCACCUUCAGCUGGAUCAGCAGCUCAAGGAGCCCCAAGGUGAUGGGCUGGCAACAGUCUCUUUUACCUCCAUUCUCUACACAGGGCAUGGGAAACAAAGCCCAAGAGCUGAUGGUGUCCCCUCAGAGCUCCAGGCCAUGGAGCAUCAUGUCGAAGGGUGGAUGUGCUCCACGCAGGUCUCCCACGGCAUGUGUUGGUCCUCAUCUGUGUCACAGCAGUGGACAGGUCUGGGUCCAGUAGCACUGUGUCACGGAGGGACUGUGUGGGAGCCCUUCUGGCCGAGCACAGGACAAGUGUACGAGCACCUGGUGCAGGGGAUGGGAUGAGCCAUUUUCAACAUCCAAGCGUGGCUUGUAACAUACACACCAAGUGCACAGGGCCAGCGAUCUCCCGUGCGCUGGCUCCAUCUCUCUCCACCACUGCUGAUGACCUCCCACCCUCCUUAGCACAAACCCUGAGGAAGGUUGUGAGCAGACGCUGGCGAUUUGAGCCGAGACCGGGCAAGCUUGUGGUGGCGUUUUCCCUCUGCCUCGGGUGGCUCCACAGCCUCUCCGCGUUGCUGCAGCAACCUCAGAUGUAUAUUUGUAAUGAUCUUGGUCUUUGUAUGUUGGUGCGUGUGUAUUUACAUAUGAGUGUGUGUAGGUGUGUGUGGGUGCGUGCGUGUAGCCAAGGGAUCUAUUUACUGUCAAUGUGAGUGUACAGGGGGCAGAUCCCAGAGGGGGGACGGGGCUGGGCUGGGGCUUUUUUAUUUUUGCUGUUUAAUUGUUCAGUUAUUUUGGGUUUCGGGUUUGGAUGGGGGUGGUUUUUUUGCGAGGAGGGUGGGUUUGGGUCUGUUUCGGAUUGAUUGACAAGGUGAGGGCCUUGAUUAGGACCAAAUUUUCGUGCCUGUUGCUCUGGUGAUCUAUUUAGAAAUCAAAAGUUUACCGUAUGGUGGCCCAUCCGUGUCACUCUACACAUAGGAAUAUACAUGACAUAUUAUAAAUAUAUAUAUAUUAUACAUACCGUAUGGAGCGAGGUCAUUAAUCUCACUCCCCCCUCUCUGGCUUUGGAUGGACACCUCUUCAAUAUGCUGUAACGUAGCCUUGACCCAGUGCUGGGAACGACUGGAAAGUGCCGGCACCCUUCAAAAACUGGCAAUGACACCAAUAAAGGAAUGAGCAUCAUUGCAAAGGGUGUCUGCAGCCUCCUUCAUCCACAGCUCCAGCUGUCGGGAGUGCGCCAGCACUACGGCAGUGCAGAUGAUGCACUAAUCGAAGUGCAGCUCCAUGUCACAUAGCCUGCUCGGGGGGAUUUCACAGGCUGUAUGUGUUGAGAGACAAGGAUUUGGGAUUAGGGCUCCUGCUGUGGCACAAACAGGGACACCAGUGCCCACCUUCAUGGAUUUCUCCAUAUAUUUCUAGUGGAAGGUGUCCCUGUCCAUGGCAGGAGGGUUGGAACUAGAAGAUCUUUAAGGUCCCUUCCAACUCAAACCUAAUUCUAUGAUUUCUCCUGUUUUGUGUAAGAUAAAGUGUUUGUACUGAAACUAAUUUGCGGGAAGCUUUGAUAAGACAAGGUCUAAGGAGCAAAAGCUGGUUUUGCUGGGUAUGAGCACCUGCUUUCUCUCUGAAAGUAAAUUUAUUAGCCCCAAGAGCACAGAGAGGUCCAUG